AUGAAGCCAUCAGUACCAGCUGUGGCUGUGUGGGGGAGAACAGCUCCCUCUCACAGCAUCACUGCUGUGAUGAUCACGGAUGACCAACAGACCAUAGUUACAGGGAGCCAAGAAGGACAAAUAUGUCUCUGGGAUCUUUCAUCAGACUUACAGAUUUCAUCUAAAGAAAUUCUCUUUGGCCAUACUGCUUCUGUAACUUGUUUGGCAAAAGCAAGAGAGUUUGAGAAACAGCCAUACGUAGUAAGUGCUACUGAAAAUGGGGAGAUGUGUGUUUGGAAUGUCACUAGUGGACAGUGCAUUGUGAACGCAAAGCUUCCUUAUAGGCAUACAGCAAUCCAUUAUUACCAUUGCUCAUUCCGAAUGACAGGUGAAGGCUGGCUUCUUUGUUGUGGAGAAUAUCAAGAUGUUCUUAUUAUUGAUGCUAAAACUUUGGAUGUUCUUCACACUUUAUCAUCAUCUCAGUCUUCUGAUUGGAUAAAUUGUAUGUGUAUUGUACACUCUGCAAGAAUUCAAGAAGACUCUUUAGUUGCAGUGUCUGUAGCUGGAGUUCUCAAAGUAUGGGACCUGUCUUCAUCUCUGAAUAGCAUUCAGGAGAAACAAAGUGUGUGUGAGAAGGAAUCAAAAUCUCUGGACUGUGUAAACUGUCAAGCAGUAAGAUUUUGUACUUACACGGAAAGGCUCCUUCUUGUUGUGUCCUCCAUGUGCUGGCAGGUCUAUGAUUAUUGUGAUUUCUCCUUGCUUUGUACUGAGUUCUGUAAGAGUGGUCAGUGCUUUGCUGGUGGGGAAGUGCUGGCAGCUUACAGACUUAUCAUCUGGACAGAAGAUGGCCACAGUUACAUCUACCAGCUGCUAAACAGUGGCCUUUCUAAAAGCACAUACCCUGCUGAUGGGAAGGUGCUGAAGGAAACAGUUUAUCCUCAUUUACUCAGCUUUACUGGCAUGAAGGAAAAUAAGAGUCUUCCUUUUGUCAUGGGCUUCAUGAAUGAAAGAAAGGAGCCUUUCUACAAAGUUCUUUUUUCUGGUGAAGCUUCAGGACGGAUCACUUUGUGGCAUGUUCCUGAUGUUCCUGUGUCAACGUUUGAUGGUUCUCCAAAAGAGAUCCCAAUUACAACCAUGUGGACUCUUCAGGAUAGUUUUGAUAAACAUCAUUCCAUGUCAGAGGGCAUUAUUGAUCAACUUUGUGGAUCUGAAGAUGGAUUUGGAAGCACAGUUGUCAGUUCCUCUGUGUACAUACCUGGUCUUGAUAAGCUUGUAUGUGGAUGCGAAAAUGGGAAAAUUUUUGUAACAUUAGGUUUAGAAACUGCAAGAGCAAGACUUUUAGAAAACAUAUCUUUUCUUAAAGAUAAUCUACCUUAUAAGGUUCUGAAUGGUCACAGUAGCAGAGUCACUUGCUUACUUUAUCCACAUGACAAAUCAGUAAGAUUUGAUCCCAGCUGGCUGUUAUCAGGGGGCCAGGAUUCUGUUGUGAUCUGCUGGGAUAUAUUUACUGGAGGCAUCCUACAGCAGUUUAAUCUGCAGUCUGGUGCAGUGACAGAGCUCUUGCGAUCCCCAGAACACUACAGAUUAAAAGACCAGAGUAUAGUGUGCUGUGUGUGCAGCGACCACUCAGUAGCAAUUCUACACCUCCAGAAGAGACAAUGUCUCUUACAUGCUAGAAAGCAUCUGUUUCCUGUGAAGAAGAUAAAAUUUGACCCUCUUGAGAAUGUGUUAAUUGUUGGAUGUGAAGACAAUUCAGUUUACAUUUGGGAAAUUGAAACAGGCACACUGGAACGACAUGAAACUGGUGACACAGCAAGAGCAAUUCUUACUGCUAUUGAAGAUUCAGAAUACAUAGUGGCAGGUGCUCUACUUCCUGUGUCUCAGGAGUCAAAACAAAACAAGAAUUCUGGAUACAAACACUCCAGCUCAUACAAGCAUGGCAUGGGCCCUUAUCCUGCUCAUGCAGAGAAAUCUUCAGAUAAGUUGACUGAUACCAGCUGCAUCCAACAGCCCUUUACUAUUUUACCGGCUAAGACAAAAUGGAACAGUGCAAACUUUCACAUUCUCUUAUUUGACCUGGAAAAACUUGAGGAACUCCUCUCAUCUCAACUCAAUGGAUUAAAGUCAUCAAAAUCAUUCCACAACCAAUACACUCUAGAAAGAGCUAAAAGUACUUCUGAGAAAAGGGCACUGACAUUAAAAAGAAAUAAAACUGCUGCCUUUGUACCUCAAGUAGAUGGGCAGGAAGAGACUGUUUAUUCAGACCAAGUUCACAGGGAUAAUAAUCCAGCUAGGCCUAUGGAAGAAGGUGGUGGCAUAAAAAGAUGGAAAAAAAUGAAGAGUUCAAGAAAGAUCAGAAUGCAGAAAGAAUCAGGAAACAUCGAUAUGAACAUUGCAACCGAUACAGCUAAACUGCUUUUGUCAUGUCUUCUACCAUGGGGUGUAGAUAAAGAAAUAGACAAUCUCUGUGUAAGACACCUGAACAUCUUGAGGCUUCAGUGUCCUGUUUCUUUUGGACUUGUGUCAGAUGAAAGCCACCUCUCACUGAUGUUGCCAGGAUGGAAAUGCACUGACUGUGGUGGGCUAGGUGAACAUGGAGUUUUCAAUUUGUUUUCAAAAAGAGUCCUUGAUUUAUCAAACAAAUACCUUGUUGCAACUCAAGGACAAUUUGGAAAGAAGGAUGGACCUGAGAAUAAUGAUUAUGGAACAAGGGACUUGGAAACAUUAUUUUUCUUAUUUAGCAGAAUAGCAUUAAUCAACAGGAUAAUUAACACACCUUCAGCAGUUACGGAUGAAAUUGAAAGCCCACAGAAACCAGAAUCUGUACAUGACAAAUGGCGAAAUGUAGAAGACAUAACACUUUCAUGCCCCAAUUUUUAUGCACAAUUACCAAGCAGUAAGAGUAGAUAUCAUUCCCCAGACUUUGGGAGCAUUUCAUUGCUGAAACUCAUUUGUUGUUGGAAUGACCAAUCUGUAAAGAUUGUUGAGGCAAUGCAAGCAGUGCUGCUGGCAGAAGUUCAAAGGACUAUUAAUCCCUUGAGAAAGACAGCAAUUUGCAGAGAGCCAUUGGCCAGAGUAGAGAAUGGAAAUGUCAGUGUGCUGAAGCAUGACAAGAGCUCCAAGUCAGCAAACUUCCAAGAUGUGGAGGAUACGUCUGACAGAUGUGUCUUGGAAGAGUCUGAGAGUCCAGAUGACAUGAAGCAACAUCCCUGGAUAUCUAAGGUGUGCUCCUGUAAGGUGUGUUAG